GACCAGAUCAAGAGCUGGAUGUUUGUCAUCAAUUAGAAGGCAAAUAUUUUCAAGGCUAACUGUGAUAACCUAAGGACCCAGCUUCUUCUGCGUCAUCAGACUGCAGCUUAUUACCUGGGAUAUUUGUCCAGACAGCAGUGCAGGAGAGCAUUCCUGACUGAAAAACCAGCAUGGGGACACAGAAGUUUCCAAAAGCUGUGGUGCUUUUAUCGUUGUCUUUACUUGCGGUCUCCGAAUCAAUUCUACUAAGGCCUGGUCACUGCCCAAAAGACUUCCAACCUUUUGUGCCAGCAAAACCAUGUGUGCAUGAUGGAGACUGCAACGAAGGGGAGAAAUGUUGUGUUUAUUAUGGAAACCCAGUCUGUGCCCCCGCCCUUUUGUACGACCAAGGGUGCCCCUCGACAGAUGGGUUAAUUGGGCCAUGUGUUGAACUCUGCAGCAGUAACAGGGACUGUCCAGUGGGUGAAAUGUGCUGCUCCAAUGGGUGUGGCCAUCAAUGCACAUCAACUAGACCAGUGAAACCAGGAAGCUGUGGCCAUCAGGUAUUCACCCCCUGGUGUUAUUUUUUCUGUAAACACGACGGUGACUGUCCAGGCGAAAAGAAGUGCUGUCCGACAAAAUGUGGCCGUGUGUGUAAACAUCCCAUCUUUUAUGAAACGAAUGAUAUCACUUGUCUUAAACCAGGUCACUGCCCAAAAGACUUCCAACCUUAUGUGCCAGCAAAACCAUGUGUGCAUGAUGGAGACUGCAACGAAGGGGAGAAAUGUUGUGUUUUUUAUGGAAACCCAGUCUGUGCCCCUGCCCUUUUGUACGACCAAGGGUGCCCCUCGACAGAUGGGUUAAUUGGGCACUGUGCUGAACUCUGCAGCAGUAACAGGGACUGUCCAGUGGGUGAAAUGUGCUGCUCCAAUGGGUGUGGCCAUCAAUGCACGUCAACUAGACCAGUGAAGCCAGGAAUAUGUGGCCAUAAACUUUUCACCCCCUGGUGUUAUAGUUUCUGUGAUCACGACGGCGACUGUCCAGGCGAAAAGAAGUGUUGUUCGACAAUAUGUGGCCGUGUGUGUAAAAAUCCCAUCUUUGUAGAAACUGUUUAAUACAAAUCUAUUGAAUAAAAAAAACAGCUAAAGGU